GCUUGGCCCGGCAGCUUCCAGCGCGAAAAUCGAAACCGUUCCACAAAUCGGAUCGGUACCCUUGAAAGCUCCAUGCUCAAGUGGCUGCCGCUGGGAAAACUGCAGUUCAGUGUGUUUUUCAAACCCAACUCGAGCGGUCGUCUCUGCAACUCCAAAAUCUGCAAGCUACCAACUUCAAAGUAGGCGGAAAAGAUACAUAUACUCUAAAAGAAAUGAUGCCAAAGCUGGGCUGUUUCUCCUUUUGGCUAAUGGUCGUGAUCGGAGCCGCGGUGGCCAUCGAAGUUCAGAAAUUCGGCUAUCUAUUCAAUCCACCGCAACCGAAACACCACCCGCAGCAUCACGAGGAGAAGCAAGACCUGAACAAGAUACCCGGAGUUCCGGGCGUGGACUAUCCGGUGUACCAUGAGGUGCCGCACACCCACUUCAGUUGCCACAAUGUGCCGGCCACUCCGGGAAUGUACGCCAAUGUGGAGACGGGCUGCCAGGCGUACCACGUGUGCCACGAUGGACGCGAAGGUGACCAGGGUGCCAAGUUCCUCUGCACCAACGGCACCAUCUUCAAUCAAAAGGAAUUCGCCUGCGAUUGGUGGUACAAUGUCAAGUGCGAGGAGGCCACCAACUUUUACCACUUGAAUGCCGAUCCGGAGCACAAUCCCUACUUUCCCAAAAAGAAGCCUGAGCUGGAACCCUAUGCUAAUGAUAUUCAUGAUGCCAGCAAGUUUCUGAUACAAGCUUAAAUUUAUUU